AUGAGUUUACAUGAACCUGUUUCUGCUGCCGAAGGUGUUCCAUUUUGGACCCCAAAGCAAAUCUUGAAACCUGGCCAAGCACGAGUCCCUCAGCCCGAAGGAAAAGAAAUUCCAAAACUCUUCCAACCUUUGCAAAUUAGAGGCUUAAAAAUCCAAAACAGAAUUGGGUUGUCACCUAUGUGCCAGUAUUCUUCCAUCAAUUUUGAAGCUACGCCUUGGCAUGUAGUUCACUAUGGUGAGAUUGUCAAGCGUGGACCAGGUUUGCCAAUAAUUGAAUCUACUUCAGUCUCAGUUGAAGGUGGUAUUUCACCACAAGAUUUAGGGAUCUUCAAUGAUGACUUAGCUUUAAAGUUGAAGCCUGUAGUUGAUUUUGCUCAUUCCCAAAAUCAGAUUCUUGGUGUCCAGCUUAACCAUGCCGGACGUAAGGCUAGUCUGGCUCCUAACUACGAACACUUGGAAGAUUUCGCUGGUAAAUCAGCUGGCGGAUGGCCUGACAGUAUUUACUCUGCAUCAUCUGUUCCUUACAGAUUAGGCGGAAAGUUACCAGUUCCAAAGGAAUUGACUAUUUCUCAAAUUAAGAGAAUUAUUAAAGAUUUCGGUACGGCUGCGAAAAGGUCUAGAGAAGUUGCUGGCUUUGAUAUUGUUCAAAUCCAUGCUGCUCAUGGUUACUUGAUUAACCAAUUUUUGUCCAAAGUUUCUAACAAAAGGACUGAUGAGUACGGUGGGUCAUUUGAAAACAGAAUUAGAUUUUUAAUGGAAAUUAUUGAUGAAGUUAGAGCCAAUGUUCCUGAGGAUUGCCCGGUUGGUUUGAGAAUUUCUGCCACCGAUAAUUCACCAGACAACGCUGAAUCUUGGAAGAUCGAAGAUUCGGUUAAAUUAGCUCCUUUAGUUGUUGCAAGGGGUGUUGAUAUUAUUGAUGUUUCAUCCGGUGGUAAUGAUUCUAGUGGUCAUGCGAGGGGUCCAAAAGUCGGUCUUCAUGUUGACUUUGCUAGAGCUAUUAAAAAGGCCGUUGGUGAUUCUGCUUUAGUAUCCUGCGUUGGAGUAUUAAAGGAUGCUACUUUUGCAAACGAACUACUUGAAGAAGGUGCAUUCGAUGUUGCAGUAUAUGGUAGAGCAUUCCUUAAGAACCCAGGAUUAGUCACUGCAUUUGCUGAGGAAUUAGAUGUUAGAAUUGAAAACCCUAGACAGCUUGAAUGGGCUCUCCAUACGGAUAUUCCUCAAAUUAUCGGUGCAAUUACUGAAGCACAGAAAAAUGCUGAAGCACUUAAAAUUUAA